GCGCCUCCGCCAUGGCCGCCCCCAGCACCGCGCUCCUCUUCCUCCUGCUGGCGGCCGCCGCCGCGUCGGCGGCGGCGCAAAAGCUGGCGUGGUGGCAGUCCGGCGUCGUCUACCAGAUCUACCCCAAGUCCUUCAAGGACAGCGACGGCGACGGAGUCGGCGACCUCAACGGUAUCAUCGAGAAGCUCGAUUACCUCAAGGACCUCGGCGUGGCAGCGAUAUGGCUGUCCCCUAUCUACAAAUCGCCCAUGGCGGACAACGGCUACGACAUCGCAGAUUUCAGAGAGAUAGACCCACUGUUCGGUACUAUGGAAGACUUUGUCAGAUUACUGGCUGAGGCUCACCUCAGAGGUAUCAAAGUGAUUCUAGACUUCGUUCCGAACCACACCAGUGACGAGCACGAGUGGUUCGUAGCUUCGAGCGAUCCAACACACGAGAACCACGAAGUCUACAAAGACUAUUACGUGUGGCUUGAUGGCAAGGGCAACGGAUCGGUGCCAAAUAACUGGAAAAACAUGUUCGACGAGGGAAGCGCUUGGAAGUGGAGCCCGACGAGAGAGAUGUACUACUUGCACCAGUUCCACGAGAAGCAGCCAGAUCUGGACUACAGGAACCCAAAUGUCCUCAGGGCCAUGCAGGGGGAGAUGAAAUUCUGGCUGGACAAGGGGGUGGACGGUUUCCGCAUGGACGCUGUGAUGUGUCUGGUGGAGGCUGAGGGUUUUCCUGACGCCAAGGAGGGCCAACCUACACCCAUGCAGCACCAGGACGAGACGUACGUCGUCAUACAAGAAUUCAGGAAACUCAUUGACAAUUACACAAACACGGUGAUGAUGACUGAGGCGUACGGCACUGUGGAGCAGGUUGUGGGUUACUAUGGCAACGCCACAAAUCCUGGCGCGCACUUCUCCUUCAACUUCCUGCUCAUCACCGACCUCAACAGCACAUCCACCGCAGAAGACUUUGUCAACGUCAUCGGAAACUGGAUCGACGUGAUCAACACACGGGAACUCUGGUCCAACUGGGUGAUCGGCAACCACGACCAGCACCGCGUGGCCAGCCGGUACAGCCCAGAGCUGGUGGACGGGAUGAACAUGCUGGUGACGCUGCUACCUGGAACCGCGGUCACCUACAACGGAGAGGAGAUCGGCAUGGAGGACAACUACAACAUGACGUGCGACGUGGCCCACGACCCUCAAGGCUGCCACGAUAACGUCACUCUCGGGAACUCCAGAGACCCAGAGAGGACGCCCUUCCAGUGGGAUAACACUGCAAACGCUGGCUUCAGCAACACCACUGACGCGACUUGGCUGCCCGUCAACGAGAACUACGAGACUCUGAACGCCGCGGCCCAGGAGGCGGACGACCGCAGCCACCUGAAGACGUACCGCCAGCUGGUGCAGCUGCGCGCCGACCCAGCCGUCCAGACCGGCGACACAAAGGUCAACAGCUCGGGCAACGUGCUUGCCUUCUGCAGGUCAGUGAACGAGAUGGCAUCUGUAGUUGUACUGGUGAACGUGGGAACUGAGGAGGAAACCGUGGACUUGGUAGACACGCUGCCUAUCGUUACCGAGGAAGACGUGCUGGAAGUGUACGCCAGAAGCCUUGAGUCGCAAAAGGAAGAAGGGGAGGUGCUGGAGGCGAGGGAAGUGACGUUGUCGGGGCAGGAGGCGGUGGUGCUGCGCCGCAAGCAAGAGCAGACUGCUGCCGCCUCCAGACCUCUGUGUGCAGCGGCGGUGCUGCUCACCAUCGCGGCUCUGAUGUGGGCUGGUGGGGUCAACCGGUUUUGUAUCACUGGCACGCGUCAACAAGCCGCCAUUCGUCGCUUCGUUGCGAGAUACCGAGGAAGGGGAGCAACCGCGCCUGUCCUAACUGAACGAUACGCUAUGAGGAUGUCUCAUCUCUCUCUGGUCGCAGUUCUGCUGGCUGUUACCAGUCCAGUGCUGUGUCUCGAGUGGUGGAAAACUGCAAUAAUCUAUCAGAUAUACCCCAAGUCUUUCAAGGAUUCUGAUGGCGAUGGCGUCGGCGACCUUCGUGGUAUAAUCGAGAAACUGGACUACCUGAGAGAUCUUGGAGUGUCAGCGAUAUGGAUGUCUCCUAUCUUCAGGUCGCCGAUGGCUGACAAUGGCUACGACAUUUCAGAUUUCAGGGACAUCGAUCCUACUUUUGGAACCAUGGCUGACUUCGAUGAACUUCUGGCAACAGCACACAACAAAAGCAUCAGAGUAAUACUCGACUUCGUGCCCAACCACAGCAGCGAUGAACACGAAUGGUUCAUUGCUUCCAGUGACCCUACCCACGAAAACUACACGAAGUAUAAGGACUACUACGUAUGGCUGAAUGGGACUUACGGUACGCCGCCAAACAACUGGCCUGGUGGCUUCAACGAGCCCUCUGCCUGGGAGUGGAUCGAGGCUCGCCAGCAGUACUACCUGCACCAGUUCCUCCACAAGCAGCCCGACCUCAACUACAGGAACCCUGUCGUUCUGGAAGAGAUGAAGAAUGUUUUGAGGUUCUGGUUGGAUAAAGGAGUUGAUGGCUUUCGUAUGGACGCCGUUAGCUGCAUUGUGGAAGCGGAAGGCUUCCCAGACAUUGUAGACGGCCAACCCAACCCCAUGCAGCAUCAACCGGAAACAUACGCAGUAAUCGAGGAAUUCCGCACCGUGUUGGACGAAUACCAAGAAAAGGUGAUGAUGACGGAGGCGUACGGAUCGCUGGACCAGGUGCUGGGUUACUACGGCAACGCCACCAACCCUGGCGCGCAUUUCUCCUUCAACUUCCUGCUCAUCACCGACCUGAACGGUGACUCCAGCGCAGAGGACUUCGUCCGCAUCGUCGGCGACUGGAUCAACGUCGUCAAUGAAAACGGAGUUUGGUCCAACUGGGUGAUCGGCAACCACGACCAGCACCGCGUGGCCAGCCGGUACAGCCCAGAGAUGGUGGACGGGAUGAACAUGCUGGUGACGUUGCUGCCGGGAACCGCCGUCACCUACAAUGGAGAGGAGAUCGGUAUGGAGGACAACUACAACAUGACGUGCGAGGUGGCCCAGGACCCACAAGGCUGCGCAGAUAACGUCACGCUGGGAAGUUCCAGGGACCCACAGAGGACGCCGUUCCAGUGGGACGACUCCAAGAAUGCAGGCUUCAGCACGGCGGACGUGACGUGGCUGCCUGUGAACCCCAACUACCCGACUGUGAACGCCGCACUCCAGGACUCGGUGGACGGCCGCAGCCACAUCAAGACGUACCGCCUGCUGGCGCAGCUGCGGCAGGACGAGUCCCUCCACAACAGCAACGCCACCGUCACCAGCACGGGCAGCGUCUUCCUCUUCAGCAGGGGGCAGACACAGAGCGACGCGACAGUCGUGGCUAUGAACGUGGGGUCUGAGGAAGCGACGGUGGACAUCAUUGCAUCUCUGCCGGACGUCGACCUACCUACAACUUUCGUAGUAUUCGCGUCCAGUGUAAACAGUGAAUUGGAUGAAGGGCUGGUGGUGGAUGGACACGCACUGCGACUGCCCAGCGAGCAGGCGGCAACUCUGUUGCUGUCCGUCGACGUCUAUGUCUCUGUAUGUCACCACUGUGAGCCACUGCUGUCCCCGCUGGAGCCCACACUGCUUGCACUGUGCUGUGUAUUUUUGCACAUUUGUGGGGCUCCAUGCAGCGGCCACCAGCUGCGGCCCUGCCCUGGCAUAAUCAAGAUUUCUGUCCUCUGGGCCGCGUCAACAAGUCGUCACUCGCUGCGAGAUACGGAGAACACCAGCAGCCGUACCUGUGCUAACUUCGUGGCGCAAACACACACAUACACAAUGAGGAUGUCGCAUCUCUCGCUGAUCGUAGUUGUGCUCGCUGUCGCCAGCCCAGUUCUGUGUCUCGAGUGGUGGAAAACCGCAAUAAUCUACCAGAUAUAUCCGAAGUCUUUCAAGGAUUCGGAUGGCGAUGGCGUCGGCGACCUUCGAGGUAUAAUCGAGAAGCUAGACUACCUGAAUGAUCUUGGAGUGUCGGCGAUAUGGAUAUCUCCUAUCUUCAGGUCGCCGAUGGCUGACAACGGCUACGACAUCUCGGAUUACAGGGACAUCGAUCCAAUUUUCGGAACUAUGGAUGACUUCGACGAACUUCUGGAAACAGCGCAUAGCAAAGGCAUCAGAGUACUCCUCGACUACGUGCCCAACCACACUAGCGAUGAGCACGAAUGGUUUAUCGCUUCCAGCGACCCUACGCACGAAAACUUCACGAGGUAUAAGGACUACUACGUAUGGGUGGACGGGACUGAAGAUUCGCUGCCAAAUAACUGGCCCGGUGGUUUCAACGAGCCUUCUGCAUGGCAGUGGAACCAGGCGCGCCAGCAAUACUACCUGCACCAGUUUCACUACAAGCAACCGGAUCUCAACUACAGGAACCCUGUCGUUUUGGAGGAGAUGAAGAAUGUUUUGAGGUUCUGGUUGGAUAAAGGAGUGGAUGGCUUUCGUAUGGAUGCCGUUAUCUGCCUUGUGGAAGCGGAAGGUUUCCCAAAUAUUAAAAACGGUGAGCCUAACCCCAUGGUGCAUCAACCGGAAACAUACGCGGUGGUCGAGGAAUUCCGCACAGUGCUGGACGAGUACGAAGAAAAGGUGAUGGUGACGGAGGCGGGAGGAACUCUGGAUGAGGUGCUGGGUUACUAUGGUAACGCCACCAACCCCGGUGCGCACUUAUCCUUCAACUUCCUGCUAUUCACCGACCUCAACGGUCGCUCCACGGCAGAGGAGUUCGUCCGCGUCGUCAGUGAAUGGAACGAUAUUGUCAAUGAACGUGGUAUCUGGUCCAACUGGGUGCUUGGCAACCACGACCAGCACCGCGUGGCCAACCGCUACAGCCCAGAGCUGGUGGAUGGGAUGAACAUGCUGGUGACGCUGCUGCCGGGAACCGCCGUCACCUACAACGGAGAAGAAAUCGGCAUGGAGGACAACUACAACAUGACGUGCGAGGUGGCUCAGGACCCACAGGGCUGCGCGGAUAACGUCACACUGGGAAAUUCCAGGGACCCAGAGAGGACGCCAUUCCAGUGGGAUGACUCUGAGAAUGCAGGCUUCAGCACGGCGGACGAGACGUGGCUGCCCGUCAACCCCAACUACGUGACUCUGAACGCCGCGCAGCAGGAAUCCGCGGCUGGCCGCAGCCACCUCAAGACGUACCGCCUGCUGGCGCAGCUACGGCGUGGCGACGAGUCCAUCCACAACAGAAAUGUCUCCGUUGCCAGCAGUGGCAGCAUCUUCCUCUUCAGCAGGUCACAGAACGGCGCUGCCACGACAGUCGUGGCGCUGAACGUAGGGUCUGAGGAGGAGACUGUGGACAUCAUUGAGUCAAUGCCGGACGUCGACCUACCUAUAAUUCUCCGGGUGUACGCGUCCAGCGUCAACAGCGAACUGGAUGAAGGGCGGCUGGUGAGCGCACGCACACUGCGACUGCCCAGCCAGCAGGCGGUGGUGCUGAGGCCUGCGUUUGGGAGGACUGGCCGGGCUGUGACACCUCGGCGGCGCUGCUGCAGUUAGAGAGGAAAAGUAUUACCACGUGUAUUAAUGACAAUUAACUAAACUAGAAGAAGAAACUGUAGAUGUGGAAUAGUGGAAUAU